CGUCAGCAAUCGGACAGAAAAUUGGUAAUUUUUUUUAUUCAUAGGGACACUUCCGACUUCUUCCUUACAUAAAUUUAAACUUUUAUUUAUUUACAUAAUGAGAACCCCAUUUCUGUUAAAUCGGUUUGGAAAGGAGUCGGUUUAUGGACCUAGUAAUAUAUGUUCAAUAUAAGAAUUACCUAUUUAUUGUAUUUAAAUCCACAAUUUGCAGAGUCCAACCAAGAUGUGUAUGAAGUUGUGUGCUGCAGUCACUGCGAAAUCUUCCAAAAACAACUAGAAUCAUUGAAUGCCAAGGUCGACAAGCUUCAAAGGGUAGUGGAAACUCAGAACGCUGCAAUUAUGGAUGCAAUAGCUGGGCAGAAGGUGGCUACUGAGCAACUGGUUCGCCAAGAAUCACAGAAGGCACCAGUUGUAAAAUACUUCCCGAUAUGUAACAUAUCAGAAAUGCAGCAGUUGGAAAAUAAGAUAACAUGUGACAAUAGAGAUGUCUAUGAAACUGCCAUUUCUUCUAUACUUCAAUUUAACCUAAAAAAUGUAACACUGGUCAUAAGGAGUGAUGUUAUUAAUGCUUUAAAUGUCGAUGGAUCGCAUGGUAAAGUUGGACUCAAAUCUUUUAAAAACUUUUACCACACGCUUACAGGAGCUAUAGCGAAGUUGCCUUUGAAAGGAUUGACGCCAGAAGAGUCUCUAAGGAAAGCCUUGCAAUUUGAGAAAUCAAAACAUUUUAAAAAAAUAUAUAGACAAAAAACCAAAAUGAUACUUUAAAUUAGGGGAU